AGGGAGUGAAUGUGUAACACAGGACCCGCUGCUGCAUCUUCUGCAUCUCAGCACUUCUUGCUACUUAAGCCACAAGGAAUUAAGCUUUCCUUGAGAUCCUUACUCCUCCUGUCAUUGACAUGUCCUAAUUCACCAGGAUGGAAGCACGCUACGUAUACAGAAGCCAUUAGCACCAUAAUUGCUGUCUGUCACUAUGACAACCAGCCGCUGCAGUCACCUUCCUGAGGUCUUACCAGACUGUACAAGCGCUCUCCCCUCUGGAAAGACGGUGGAAGAUUGUACCAGUCUUGUGAAUGGGCAGCCACAGUAUGUCAUGCAAGUUUCAGCAAAAGACGGUCAACUGCUGUCAACUGUAGUACGGACUCUAACCACUCAGAGUACCUUCAAUGACCGUCCAAUGUGCAGGAUAUGCCAUGAAGGAAGUACCCAAGAGGACCUUCUCUCACCUUGUGAAUGUACCGGGACUCUAGGGACAAUACACCGCAGCUGCCUGGAGCACUGGCUUUCAUCCUCCAACACCAGCUACUGUGAACUCUGUCAUUUCCGGUUUUCUGUGGAACGUAAACCUAGACCAUUAGUUGAGUGGCUGCGAAACCCAGGCCCACAACAUGAGAAAAGGACUCUGUUUGGAGACAUGGUGUGCUUCUUAUUCAUUACUCCACUGGCCACCAUAUCCGGAUGGCUUUGCCUUCGAGGAGCUGUUGAUCAUCUGCACUUCAGUAGCCGACUAGAAGCUGUUGGACUCAUUGCACUAACAGUUGCACUCUUUACUAUUUACCUCUUUUGGACACUUGUGUCAUUUAGAUACCACUGUAGACUAUACAAUGAAUGGCGUCGGACCAAUCAAAGGGUUCUUCUCGUCAUCCCAAAAUCAGUCAAUCUACCAUCCAAUCAGCAGUCUUUAUUAGGCCUGCAUUCAUUUAAAAGGAACUCGAAAGAAACUAUUGUGUGACAUGAGAAAAUGAUGGACUCUUCUCGCAGCCACAUGCACUGUAGCACCAUCUCUAACUUCUGUCUGUCGUACUUAAUUCAAAGACUGUUAUCUCUCUGCUGGAUAUAUAUAUAUUACUGAAUGGAGCCUCGAUGGCCAGUUAUUAUUUAGGCAUCAAUUACCGCAGUUAUAUUUGUUCUAAUGCGCCAAACCACUUUAUUUAGCCAAAUGGCACAUCUCAUACACAUACAUAGUAAUUCUGCCAUCUUUUUUACCUUUUCAUUGCAAAAAAAAAAAAGUUAUCAAAUAAUAGACUGUUUUUUUAACUCUGUGUUAACUUGCAUAGUAUUUGCUACGGUGACAACCAACAGUCCAAAAUGUUGCAGCUCACUUUCAAAGUAAUGGCAUUAUCAGAGUUUAGCACAAUGGUUUGAAACUCGCAUACAUUCUUAAUAUCAAAAUAUGCAGACAUUUUUUUUGUUUUUCUUUUGUUUUUGGAACGUUUUGUAAAAACAUCUUGUUUGACAUAUUUUUCAAUUAAACUUGCGUAAAGAUGGGUUUUUCCCAACCCCUGCAAGGAUUGAAUCGUCGUUCUGAGGAGGAAACAUUUUGGAAUAUGCAAAAGAGAACAUUAAGCAACUUCAUCUCCUUUAAUCAUUUUCUUUUCAUCAGCGUAUGGGAGGUUUGGACUUUACUCCUGGAGAGAACUGUACUUUAAAUCUCAUUGUUCCUUUGAUGUCAUUCACCUAUUGAACCUUUCAUUUCUGGAGUACUUGAGAUCUGGACAUUUGCCACCACCAGUGACUGGAAGAAAAUAUACUCAUGUAUGAGUUAAAAUAUUGAACAUUUUUGAAAACUAUUUCAGAUAUACAAAUUGCAUUAUGUAUUAUUAUAAAAAUGUGCAUUAUUUAAAUAUUAAAUACUACACAAGC